UAGUUCCCAAUUCAGGUGCUGCUUCUGUCACUGUCGUUUUGCUUAACCUUGCUUGAGUCCCUGCAUCUCUGGGCUCAUUUCCUCAACUACCGCUGAGGGCCUUUCCAAUGCAAAGGUGCAAAGAUUCACUGAGGGGAACAAGGAAGGAGGAGCCUCAGCCUAUAGGAGAGUUGGCCUUUUAAAAGAAAAAGGCCAACUCUUAGGUUUUCUAGAUGCUCUGAAUGUGUUCUUGGGGGACAUAGCUGAAAGGUUUGCUUUGGGCUCUGCCGGGGGCCUUGAGGGCUCCGGAGAUGAGCUUGGGGGAACAUGAGAAGCAGUAGGAGCUGUGAGAGCUGCAUAGAGGGCGCUGCAGCUUACAGGGCAAGUGAGCCCCUGGAGCUGAGGGAGCAUCAUGGCAGUGUUUCUGGAGGCCAAGAAUGCCCACUCGGUCCUGAAACGGUUCCCUCGUGCCAAUGAGUUCCUGGAGGAGCUGCGCCAGGGCACCAUCGAGCGCGAGUGCAUGGAGGAGAUCUGCAGCUACGAGGAAGUCAAGGAGGUGUUUGAGAACAAAGAGAAAACGAUGGAGUUCUGGAAGGGGUACCCAAAUGCAGUCUACUCAGUGCGAGACCCCUCACAGAGCUCAGAUGCCAUGUACGUGGUGGUGCCCCUUCUGGGUGUGGCGUUGCUGAUUGUCAUCGCCUUGUUCAUCAUCUGGAGGUGCCAGCUGCAGAAAGCAACCCGUCACCACCCCUCCUAUGCUCAGAACCGGUACCUAGCCAGUCGCGCCGGGCACAGCCUCCCUCGGGUCAUGGUGUACCGGGGCACUGUGCAUAGCCAGGGGGAGUCCUCUGGGCACCGUGAGGCAGGAAGCAGCAAUGCCCAGGUGGUGCCGGGGCCCAGCCGGGGGGGCAGAACCACAGUGCGACUCGAGAGCACCCUCUACCUCCCUGAGCUCUCCCUCUCCAGGCUGUCCAGUGCCACCCCUCCCCCCUCCUAUGAGGAGGUGACUGCACCCCAGGAGAGCAGCAGUGAGGAGGCCAGUGUCUCUUACAGUGACCCUCCCCCAAAGUACGAGGAGAUAGUGGCCGCCAACCCUGGCACCGACAAGUAGCAGGACGUGUGUCCCGUCCUGUAUGAACACCUCUUUCAGAGGCCUCCUAUUUUCUUUUUAACUUUUUAAAGACUGUGCCACCACAAAACAGCCUUAGCCUCCUUGUUGCCAAAUAAUUCCCUAACCGUGGAGUAUUAGGAAGUCAGUUGUCAGAGACAGGUGGGGAGGGUGGGGUAGGGAGCAUCAUGGUCAAAGCCCCCUGGGAAGAGCUAUAGGCCCGAGCGUCUAGCUCUUCUGAGUGCUCCCCCAAAGCCCCACCAUCCUGUCCUCCUGUCAGGGACCGGCUUCUCUUAUGCCAAAGGAAUCAACUCAUUGUGUAGAUUGUGGCCAGAAUGGCCACAGGCCCAGCCCCAGGGCUGUGGGGCUGGCUGGAGGCCUGUCUGUGUGUGGAAGCCUAAGCCACAGAGGAUAGUGAGAGGCCAGCCUUUCAGCACCCCUCUCCCUUGACAGUUCUGUCCUUUCUGUCCUUGCUUACACUUUGAAGGCAGGGACAAGGAUUGAGCAA